AUGGAAGAAAGUCUCCUCUCCUUUACGUCCGCUAUUAUUAGCAUCCUCACUUUCGCCGCCGCCAUCGUCGUCUGGCUAAAUCAGCAUUUUCACGUGGCCAUAAUGCUGGAUGAUGAGCUAGUUGAAAUGACAAUAACGGUGAUACAAUCCAGCCGCGAGAGCCUUGAUUACCUCAGUUUAUACGAUAGGACUGCUAGGUUCCGGCGCAAAAUAUUCGCGGAGAACCUUGGCCGAUUAUAUAGUUUAGAGCUGGGAAGUAUGGAAAUCCUACUACGAUUCCUCAGAAGAUCGAGAGUCCCAAGGAUCUUCACGUGGGAGAAGAAAAGGGACCAAUUGAAGCAGAAUCUGAACCUCACGAAUCACUUCAAGAUCUACUUAAACGUCCCGCCCAAGAGCCGGCACAAGCGCGAACUAGAGAGCGAACUCGAGAGACAACCCCAGAGCAAGCCCAAGAAGGAACUAAACAACCAAGCAAGCAGCCGACUGAAGAGCCGGUCCCGCAGCCCGUACAAGAACUACCCCACGGACAAACGCAACGAGGCCCCAAGAGUCUUUUCGAAAUGGCAGAUCUGCCUCAAUCCCGAUCGCAGGACCAAGGCCUCAUAG